AUGUCCUCCUGCAUUUUCUGUCGCAUCAUCAAGGGUGAUAUCCCCUCUUUCAAGCUAUUUGAGAGCGACAAGACUCUCGCUUUCCUUGAUAUUGGUCCCCUCAGCAAGGGCCACGCUCUUGUAAUUCCCAAGCACCACGGUGCUAAGCUGGCUGAUAUUCCUGACGACCACCUCACCGAGAUUCUGCCUGUUGUCAAGAAGAUUGUCAACGCAACUGGUGCCACCGAUUACAACAUCCUCCAGAACAAUGGCCGCAUUGCUCACCAAGAAGUUGACCAUGUUCACUUCCAUAUGAUCCCUAAACCCAACGAGACCGAGGGCCUCGGCGUCAAAUGGCCCACAAAACCUGCUGAUAUGGAACAGCUCAAGGCUUACUGUGAGGAGCUCAAGGCCAAGAUCUAA